AUACAAGCACAAUAUCCCAAAUGUAAGCUCUAUAUCAUCAUCACCUAUGCUCUGCUAGUAACUCUCCCAUUUAACCCUAUAUAUCUUCCCUCACCACUUCCCUCCAAAAAAAAAGAAAAAAUAAUAGAAAAAUUAAUAUUGUUCCUAGUUGUCUUUGUAGUCCAUGGAGAAAGAUAGUAGCAAGUACUUUAACAAACACCAAACCAUGAAGAAUGUUAAAGAAUAUUCAUGGGAUAAUAAUUAUGGAGAUUUUCAAGGAGGAGAUUUCGUUGGAGGGUUUUUAUGGCCACCAAGAUCCUACACAUGUAGCUUUUGCAAAAGGGAAUUCAAAUCAGCUCAAGCUCUUGGUGGUCAUAUGAAUGUUCAUAGAAGAGAUAGAGCAAGGCUUAGACUUCAAUCAUCAUCACCCCCAACAAUUCUUGAAUCAAACCCUAACCCUAACCCUAACCCUAACCCUAACCCUAGUUUUGUUUCAUCACCAUCUUCACCUUCAAGAAAAUUCUACCCUCCUUUUCUUUCUACAUUACCCCCACUAUUAUCUCCUAAUUCAAUUUCUUCUUCUACCACCGGCGGUGGCUCUCAUGAGAUGAAAAAUGGAGAUUUGAGAAAAAUGGGAUGUGCAAAAUUUGAGAAAAAUGGAAAAGAAUGUAAUGAAAUGGUAAAGAGGGGUGAAUUUUUGAGAUUGGAUUUGGGAAUUGGUUUGAUUAGUGAAUCAAAAGAUGAUUUGGAUUUGGAGCUUAGACUUGGUUACAUUUAGGACAAAUUUCCAUUGCUUUAAGGUUUGUGGUGCUUGUUGUUGCUUUUUAAUUACUAGUUCAAGAAAAAAAGAAGAGAAAAUAAAAGAAAGUCUAACAAAAAGUGCACCCUUUGUAGUUGAGAUUGAAGAUGUAAAGGUGUGAUU